UUCUUCAUCAGCCCUUUCAACAAGUGACACCACACUAGGCAUUCGAAAUAAAAAAUUUUGAGUGAAUGUAAUUUCGGUUUGAUUACAAUUGUAAAGAACACCUGCUACAGUUUUGUGGAAAGUGCAGUGAAUUAUCCGUUUUUAUUCUGAGAUAAUUUCAGAAUAAAACAUUCUAUAAUUUAGAUUUGUGAGUCGUAAUACGCAUUAAAGCAUUGAGUUUGCCGGUAUCCUGAUUGAAUCGCCAAUUCGAACUCGGGAAAUAUGGUCUCAGGCCUCAAAAUACUCUUAUAUCAAAUACUCAAAAUAUUCUUAUGAAUCCCAUGGCCAUUUGUAAUUGAAAAGGGAAUAGAAAUAAUUUUAUUCCGUGUCCACAGGUGACACAAUCGGCGACGCCAAUUCGCGAAUUCCCUUGGAAUGUUGGAAUUCCCCAAAACAUUUGAACCGAUCUUCCAUUGGAUGCAGCUGAACCUGAAGAUCAAGUAAUUGAUAUGAUUACUUCCUUCAACUAGACCUUCAGACCUUUUUCAUAGGUUUUUCCUGAGGACUCUGUCAAUGCUGUGUUUUUUCUUAAAACAUCCCAAAUAUCGAAUUUCUCUGAUGAUCAUUCUGAAUGUGUUGAUUUUCCCAUGGAAACAAAGAAAAGCUAUUUUUUACUGAGGGGAAAAAAUUGGUUGGAUUAUAGCGUUUAUCGAUCCCAGGGUGAACAGGUGCGAUGGGGUCACUGCAGUGAGACUACAGUGGUAGUUUUGGUUAUUAAUUUAUCUACCUGAUCAGGUGAAUUUCUUUGGCGACUGGACGACUUCCGUGGAAUGCUAAAGACUAAUUUGAACUAUGGACAAUUACACGAUCACUGGUCGGAUUGGAGAAGGUGCUCAUGGGUUGGUGCUGAAGGCAACUGACAAUUCUACGGGAAAGGAAGUUGCCUUGAAGAAAGUAUUGUUGAAGCGGAUUGACGACGGAUUGCCUGUUUCGAUAAUUCGGGAGGUUAAGACACUCCAGGAACUCGAUCAUCCUUAUAUCAUCAAAUUGUUGGAUGCUUUCCCAUCGGGUUUUGACUUCGUUAUGGUCUUCAAUUAUAUGCCAUCUGGUCUCUGGGAACUCCUGAAGGACAGUGAUAGGCCUCUCACCUCACCAAUGAAGAAAUGUUACAUGAAAAUGUUGCUAGAAGGAGUUGCAUACAUGCACGAGAGAAAUAUAAUUCACAGGGAUUUGAAACCAGCUAAUUUAUUGAUCGACGACAAUGGGGUCCUGAAAAUAGCUGAUUUUGGAUUGGCAAGAUUGAUGUGGGAGGAAUACACAAGGCCAUACUCUCAUCAAGUAGCAACAAGAUGGUAUCGAGCUCCGGAAUUAUUAUAUGGAUCGAAAUUAUAUUCAUCAUCCAUUGACAUGUGGUCGAUAGGUUGCAUUAUUGCUGAGAUGAUUAAUAAUUCUCCGCUGUUCCCGGGCGAAUCAGAUAUUGAGCAGCUGGCAAUGGUCUUACGACAACUUGGUACGCCAACAGUGGAAACGUGGCCUGAUCAUCACUCUCUUCCUGAUUACAAUAAAAUAACGUUUCCGUAUCAGAAAGGGCAGCUGUGGGAGCAGGUGAUACCAGAUGCCACUCCAGAAGUUCUGGAUCUUAUUCGGAAUAUUUUGCUGUACAACUCAUCCAAGCGAUUGACAGCAGUUGAAGCAUUGAAACACAAGUACUUCCACACGAGACCAUACGCCUGCUCCAUUCUAAGUUUACCGAACCCUCCAUAUGAUCAUCGAAAUUUACUGCGUCCGAAAGAAAUCGAUCCUUUAGUCAGACCCACGAUUAUGUUUGAAGAAUUAUUAAACAUAUCUUAAUUUGGAAGUGUCUUCAUCAUCAUAAAUAUGAACUCUGAUUAGGAGUAGGUUAGCUGGGUAUUAUUUGUCUAUUCAUGAAUAAUAUUCAGUUGUCACUACGAGUCGAUUAAAUAACCUUGUGACAGGAGCUUAAUCAUUUCUCUUCAGCAUCAGCGAUGGAGCAUUUGGAAUGCAGAAAUCAAAUUGCAGAUGCAAAUGAAAUACGAGAAUUCACGACAGGAUUCGAAGCUAAGUUGCGCGCGGAAGAGGACAUUUUUAAGAAGAUUGAAGAGAAGCUGCCCCGAGUCGUCCUGUGUUCGCCUAAAAUCCAGGUAGUGGAACUACCUGGACACUUGAUCAUCGUCAUUGUAAAUACAGCGGAGUUGUUAUCUGUGUCUUAAUUUUCUUCGCAGUACAAUUUCGAUUGUCCGAGGUAAAGUGGGAAAGGGAUACCUCGGAUAACCGUAACCUCGUAUAAGACGGAUAAAACGAAAAAUUAUAAAUUUUCAAUUAUUUUUUAUUAGUUUUCAAUGGCGAAGUGAAAUUUAGUGAUAAAAGGAUAGAAAAGUUAAAGUGUAUUGACAGCUUAAUAUUUGGUAUAGAAAGCAUGGCUAAAUGAAAUGUCACCUGUCACUAAUGAGGCUUAAGGAAAUCUGAAUGCACCAUAAGUUGAAUGAACCAUAGGAAUAAGGCUUUGUCAAUUUUAUCAUAUUCUGCGGACUUCAUCGAUUUACGAUUUGAUCCCGCAUCGUCCGAUUUUCUCGCAAAUUGUACCAAAUUAGAUCGAUUUCGUCGUCAAUCCCGUACGGUCGGUUCUCCAACACCAUAAUCGGACGCGACAUUUCUAAUAAUUUCCCCUGCAUCCAAUCUCCUUAUUGCUUCUAAUUUCUUUUCAACACUCACUAGGAUUUUUUUUCCUUUUUUGUGACAUGACGAUGUCCUUCCAUUGAUUGUCGAAGGAAAACUGUUGUAUUCGCGCUUAAAACAAAAGAUUAGCGCACAAAGCAUGUUGUAACAAGUUUAUUCGGCGGCUCCAUCCGUUUUAUCCGAGUUUUCCGUGUUAUCCGAGCCAGGCCGGCGCCUCGGAUAAUCGAGAUUGUACUGUACUUCUCCAUCUCUCUACACUUGUCUCUGCAAUUUCCAUUCCCUGAGCAUUGAGCUAGUCAUUUAUUAAUUUGUUCAUAAAAUUAGCUGGCACCCAAAACAAGAGGUAACAAUAAAUUUAAUUGAAUGUUUGUGAAUCCUGGGAGCCCUCGACUCAGGCCGCGUCAGGUGUCGGCAAUUAUUACUUAUCAUUGACUAAAUAAAAUAUAUCCAACGUAAAGUGCCGGUUUCAAUAUUUUUGUUUCACUAACUUCUUAUUCACCUUUAAAACACUGGGCGCAUCUAUCCAACUACCAUCAAUCAAGGAUAUUGCUAAUAAAUGGUCUUUGAAGGAAGCAUAAGUUACCAGUUUUAUAUUUUAAAUGUUCAUCAUUUUUCCUAAUUAAAUGUACACAAAUUUCUUGAUCUAGUGUCUAGUCAUGACGGAACGAAGAGUGAGAGUCGACUAUUUGAUUUAAAUUACGGCAAAUCAGAUUAGAAUUAGAUUUUAUCCGAUCAAACGUUCUCCUUUAUCCGUGACACUGUAUCGGUAUAGUUGCACAGUUAUUGUUAUUGUUAACAUCACAAAUGUUAAUUGGAACACAA